GAUUACAAUCUCGGUGGUGAGAUUGGAGCGGUUCGUGAAGAAUGCGCGAGCUCUUCCGAAGAUGAAGACUGUCCUUGUGGAUCGAAUGCUAUCAGCUGUAUCGACGUGGGGGAGGACUCGUAUUGCCUUCCACGUCUUGGGCGAUGCCCCAUAGUUUGCGGUGAGGACGAAGAGCCGUGCUAUCGCCCAGGUUUCGACGCUGAGGGCAACCACCUCCCUCCGGAGGAGACCUGCGUGUUAAAAGGACUCGCGUGCGGCUGCGGGCAAAACUCAUUCGCAUGCGACACAGACGGAAACCUAACCCAAUGUCUCCCCAUCGUCGGAGGAUACUGCCCGCAGUGCUUGGCUGAUGAAGUUGAGUGCCCGCAUGUACUCAAUUUCCAGCCAAAUGGCACCCAAGUCCCAGCAGAGGGUUGGGUCGAGCCCGUCCGCAAGUGUGCCAGCAGCUUACUGGACUGCCCCUGCGGGCGGGAAGCGCAGAUGUGCGACUCCCUGGGACGCUGCAUCUUCAAGGGUGCUGCCUGCUGCACCUACGACCAGAAGCUCUGCGUGCUGACCGACUACGGGCCCGAUGGCCAGCUGACAGGUUACCGGGAGAUCUGCUGGCUGCCGACCGAACCAUGCCCGUGUGGCGCCAACACGCACCGCUGUCCCGGAACGGAAGUCUGCUUGCCCGAGUCGAUCAAGGAAGCGAUUUGCCCUUGUGACCCGUG